AUGGGUGAAUAUGGGCCUCCUCUAGAUAAGGAAUUAGAGGCCACAAAUGUUACUUGGGUAGUUGCCCCCUUAGGUUUCUUCAGGAAGAUCGUCAUCUUGCAACUGGUAAAGCUGGUGCUAACCUACGACUUCAGUAGAUGUGACUUUAAAAACUUCACACAGGAAUAUGAUAAUGUCAUCUAUCCAGAGCUGGAGAAGUACACGGCUCAGGCCAAAAGUACCAAGCCCAUCCACCAUAAGUUCUGUAAAAACCAGAGGUGGGAGUGCCUCGCUGAGAUAGUGAAUCGCACCUUCAAUCCCAAACCUGGCUGCCAGUCCCUAGCCGAGGAAACGUUCGCGCGUGCAACUAAUGCUUCCCUAUCGCUGCGGUGCCCCGACUUCUCUGUAAACCAGAUAAAUAAUGACCAGAGAAUGAAAAGAGAAGUCAAAGAAACUAGAUGCCUGGAAGAAAUCUUAUACCUCAAACAACUGUGGCACCGGUUCAGUCGAAUUUUAGAGAAACUAAAUAAAACAUACGUCACAGCAACAAAAUGA